CCGGCUAUACAAAACUUCGUCCUUGUUGCUGAAAAAAACUUUUGAAGAUGGGGGGUACAGCUUUGUACAUUCCUUGCAGUAAAGAAAUAUUUAAUUUUCAACAAAAAAUUUAGUUCGAAAAAAUCAAUUAAUAGAAAAUAACACGUCGAGAGAUUCCAUCUUUAUUCAGACAUGAAGAUUGAGUACAUCUUAUCAAGUCAAAUUAUAUUAAUAGCAAUUGGAAAAACCGUAGGAUAUGAUUUCAAUCCAAUUCUUAUUGUUGACCAAGGAACAAAUGUCAUGAUAGAGUUAUCCAGUAAACAUCCUUACUGUAAUAUCCAAACUGAUAGACAUCGUAUAAGAAUAAAUUUGCGAAUGGCUGAUGUUUCAAAGGUAUACAGAGUGCCAGAAACGGAUAUAAUGAAAUAUGUAGAAAUAUGCAAAAAUAAAACAGCCAAUGCAAAUUUACAAAACAUAUUUAGUUUUCCAGGAACAAAAUGGUGCGGACCAGGAGAUACUGCAAAGAGUAACAGAGAAUUGGGAGUUUUCUUUCAAGAAGAUGAAUGCUGCAGAGAGCAUGAUAGCUGUUCAAGAUAUAUUGAUACAGGUGUUUGCCGAGGAGGUGUGUGUAACGACUCUCCAUAUACCAGAUCCCAUUGUGAGUGCGAUAAUAAAUUUAAAACAUGUUUACAAAACCUUAGAAGUCCAGUUGGUAACUUAAUUGGAGAAAUAUUCUUUAACGUUAUUGGAAUGACUUGUUUUAAAGAGGUGCCUCCAUGUAAUGUCGAGGAUCCAAAGACCAGAUUAACUAUCACACAAGAGUACAUAACGUCAUAUUUUAAUGUGGGAGGACUUAAUUGUAGCCUAGAAUUCAAGACGACAAGCCAGUUUAAGCCAAAGAAACCUUACAAACACUCGAUUUUAUUAAGUAUUAAAAGAAAACAUUUACUUAUAAUUCAAACAUUAUUUAGAAAAAAUUAAUAUUGAAACAUUUCAUUCAUACAUAUUAUAUUUUAAAAAUGACCUGUCAAACCUUUAUUUUAUUUUGUUUCCAUGUUUUCUUUCAGUCUAUAUAGCACGAGAGCUAGCAACGUCGGAAAAACAGGUAUUUUAAGAGGGGUGGAACUCUGUAACGAAAUAGCGAUCGGUAGCGAUGAAGAAUACUGUCGCUUGCCGUUUAGUUUGUACGGCCAAGGUCAGUAUUCUUUAUCGCUACCGAUCGCUAAUUAGUUACAGAGUUCCAGCCCAGUUGAUAUAUCUUUUAACUGGCUGCCCGUAAACGUUGCGUUCCGCAUUGAAAGAAGAUUCUAUAUUUUUAUUAGUC